CGCCUGGGCAUUGGGACUGCUGCCUCUGCUGCCGCCGCGGGCCGGAAGGGUCGGGAGGACGGCUGGGGAGAGGCGGCGCCUACGCUCGUGGCGGGCGCGGCGCCAGGGCGGGUCCCUCUGCCAGCCUCCGGCUUCGUGGCCGCGCUGGACUGGCUGGGCGGGCCCGGUUGAGCCCUGCCCGUCGGGCCUUUGUCCCCCCGGGCGGGAAUCCCAGGUGCACGGCCGAGCCAGGCCUAACGUCCCUGGUGAAGCGAGCGCGAGCUUGUUAAGUUGCCCUUGAAGAGUGACAGGCACCGGCCCGCAGGGGUGGCAGGCCGGUGGCUGCGAACCAGGUGGGUAUUGCAGUUGCUUUUAGUAAUCACCCAAACCUACUGCUUCUAGGCAAGCUCCUGGUGGAUUAAUCCUGCAGGAUGGCAGCCAUCAACCCUUGGGCCUCCUGGGGUAUCCUUACGGACCAGUCUUGGGGGAUGGCGGCUGUUGACCCGUGGACCUCUUGGGCUCUGUGUCCUCAGGACUCUACCUGGCGCAUGGAGGAGACCCCUGAGGAGAGGAGGAGGGCCGCCGGGCUCCCAACAGCCCAGGCCCAGCGGUCAUUGAUGAUCAUUGCCGAUGUCCACUGGUGUAUUAGGGGUUGCAGAAUCUCUGUGGAACCAGUGACCUUCAAAGAUGUGGCUGUGGACUUCACCCAGGAGGAGUGGGGGCAGCUGGACCUUGUUCAGAGGACCCUGUACCGUGAUGUGAUGCUGGAGACCUAUGGGCACCUGCUCUCUGUGGGGAAUCAGAUCGCCAAGCCCGAGGUCAUCUCCCUGCUGGAGCAAGGGGAAGAGCCGUGGUCAGUGCAGCAGGCGUAUCCUCCUCAAGGUGCUUGUCCAGAGUGGAUUAGAAGUCUUGAAAGCAAAGUGUUGAUCCCAACACAGAGCAUUCAUGAGGAGGAGCAGUCCCAGAGCAUGAAGUUGGAGAGAUACAUGUGGAAUGACCCCUGGUUCUCCAGGUUAGAAGUUUUGGGAUGUAAAGACCAAUUAGAAAUGCAUCACAUGAACCAGAGUACAGCCAUGAGGCAGAUGGUCUUCAUGCAAAAGCAAGUACUGUCUCAAAGAGGCUCUGAGUUCUGUGAACUUGGGGCAGGGUGUAGCCAGAGCUUAAGCAUUGUUCCAUCUCAGAAACUUUCUCAAAUAGAACAUUUCUAUAAGCCUGAAUCAAAUGCUGAAAGUUGGAGAUACAACUCAGCCAUAAUGUAUGCAGAUAAGAUUACCUGUGAAAAUAAUGGGUAUGACAGAGCCUUCUCCCAGUCCAUGCAACCUGUUCACCCUGCAAGGGUGCAGACUGGAGGUGAUCUUUUCAAAUGUACUGAUGCCGUUAAAUCUUUCAAUCAUAUACUGCAUUUUGGUGAUCAUAUGGGAAUGCAUACAGGAGAAAAGCUCUAUGAAUAUAAGGAAUGCCAUCAAAUCUUUAACCAGAGCCCAUCGUUUAGUGAACAUCCAGGACUCCAUAUUGGAGGAAGCCAGUAUGAUUACAAAGAAUAUGAGAAUUUCUUUUACUUUUCAUCCUUUAUGGAGCAUCAGAAAAUUGGUACUGUAGAGAAAGCAUAUAAAUACAAUGAAUGGGAGAAGGUCUUUGGGUAUGACUCAUUCCUUACGCAACAUACAAGCACUUACGCUGCAGAGAAACCCUAUGAAUAUAAUGAAUGUGGGACAUCUUUCAUUUGGAGCUCUUACCUUAUCCAGCAUAAGAAAACUCAUACUGGAGAGAAGCCCUAUGAAUGUGAUAAAUGUGGAAAAGUUUUUAGGAAUCGUUCCGCCCUUACUAAACAUGAACGGACUCACACUGGAAUAAAACCCUAUGAAUGUAAUAAGUGUGGAAAAGCCUUCAGCUGGAAUUCUCAUCUUAUUGUACACAAGAGAAUUCAUACGGGAGAGAAACCUUAUGUGUGUAAUGAAUGUGGGAAGUCUUUCAACUGGAACUCCCAUCUUAUUGGACAUCAGAGAACUCAUACUGGAGAGAAACCUUUUGAAUGUACUGAAUGUGGGAAGUCUUUCAGUUGGAGCUCCCAUCUUAUUGCGCACAUGAGAAUGCAUACUGGAGAGAAGCCCUUUAAAUGUGAUGAAUGUGAAAAAGCUUUUAGGGAUUACUCAGCCCUCAGUAAACAUGAAAGAACUCACUCUGGAGCAAAACCGUAUAAGUGUACUGAAUGUGGAAAAUCCUUCAGCUGGAGCUCCCACCUUAUUGCCCAUCAGAGAACUCACACGGGAGAGAAACCCUAUAACUGUCAGGAAUGUGGCAAAGCAUUCAGAGAACGUUCAGCCCUCACUAAACAUGAAAUAAUUCAUUCUGGAAUUAAGCCCUAUGAGUGUAAUAAAUGUGGAAAAUCCUGCAGCCAAAUGGCUCACCUUGUUCGACAUCAAAGGACUCAUACUGGAGAAAAGCCGUAUGAGUGCAAUAAAUGUGGAAAAUCCUUCAGCCAGAGCUGUCACCUUGUUGCUCAUCGGAGAAUCCACACUGGUGAGAAACCCUACAAGUGUAACCAAUGUGAAAGAUCCUUUAACUGUAGCUCUCAUCUUAUUGCGCACCGGAGAACUCAUACUGGAGAGAAACCAUAUAGAUGUAAUGAAUGUGGGAAAGCAUUUAAUGAGAGUUCUUCCCUUAUUGUACAUCUGAGAAACCAUACUGGAGAAAAACCCUACAAAUGUAAUCAUUGUGAGAAGGCUUUCUGUAAGAAUUCUUCUCUUAUUAUUCAUCAGAGAAUGCAUAGUGGAGAGAAACGCUUUAUAUGCAACGACUGCGGAAAAGCCUUUAGUGGUCACUCAGCCCUACUUCAACACCAGAGAAAUCAUAGUGAAGAGAAACUCUGUGAAUUGAAUUGAUGGGAGAUUUUUCUUUUAUUGUACAUUUGAGAACACAUUGGAAAAAACCCUAUAAGUAUAGUCAAGAGAGGAAAUUUUUAAUGAGUUCAGUACAACUUCUCCCCUUAUUAAUCAGUAGAAAGUAUCUUCGUAGAAGAAACCUGUGAAUGAAAAGAAUAGGCAAAAGGCUUCCACAGUUAUGUAGCCUGUACUUAACAUCAAGUAAUUACAGUGAAGAGGACUCCAGACUCACCUCUCAUGGUCCAUCAGGAAUCCUACCUGAGGAACAUGAACGUAGGGAAUGAGACAUCUUUUAGUAAGAGAUCUCAACAAUUUGUGAAUCAAAGUGCAUUGUUAAGGGAAAAACUUUAUCCUAGGAAGAGUGUUUCGAGCAGAAAUACACCACUUUGCAUCAAGCCUGGAGUAUUGGAUGGAAGCUUUACAAUAACAUUUUGUGCAUCAGUAUGGAAACACCGAUUGUGCUAUUAUAAGGGGAGGUUCUGGGUGCUCUUUAAGGAAUAGAAUGUGGAAUACUAAACCUGAAUUUAAGAAAAAAAUAGUAUUGAAUGGGAUAUUUACUGUUGAUUGAGAUUAACCUUAGAGAAGAUUAGUAAAUGAGAUUACUAAUGAUGGAAAGGUUACUGCCCAGAAGUCUGAGACUGAUAUUGUUGGAACAAAAGGUGAUACUUAAUAACCCAGUGUGUCAGUGUCCAUGGUUUACUCACUACUGCAUUGUUGGACAAUUAGUUUGUAAUCUGUUUUAGGUAAUUACUAUAAGUUAUAAUUAUGGAUUCUAAGUCAAUAUAAUAUAAGGGAAUAAAAGGACACAGAAUUGUAUAUACAUAUCUACUAUAACAUCUAAAAAGUGUGUAUGGAUAAGGACUGAAAAAGACCAAGAGAUAAAUUAACCCAGUUAAGAUUUUUUUUUUCAAGCUUUACAGACACAUACAGCACUUAACACGUGCUAGGCUUUGUUUUAAAUGCUUUUCAAAUGUUAAUUUAUUCAGUCCCCUUAAUUCUAUGAGAUAGGUACUAUUAUAAUCCCAGUUUUAUAAAUGGAGAAACUGAGGCAGAGACGAUAAGAAGCCUACCUAAGGACACACAGCUAGUUAGGAGUAGAGAGAUUGUUUGGCUCCAGAGUUGAUGUUUUUAACCAUUGUGUCAUGCUGCCUCUGCAGUGAUUUUUUUCCCCUAAUGUUUUUUUGAAAUUUUGUUCAGUGUUUUUAUAGUAGAUAUUUGAUAAUAAAAAUUGAAUUCCUAAACAAUGAGAAGUACAGUUACCUGGCUCUCUGCCCUUUGGGGUUUCUGGUAACAUGAGAGCUAAGCUCCUUUUGGAAGAUGAAUUCUGGAUUGGACGUUCAGAAUCACUGGAUUUUCUGGGCCCUGGGUUCCCUAGAAUUUCACCACCUCCAACCCUGAAGAUUACAGCAGAGCAGGGGCUGGAGGACUCACUGGAGGUUUGGGAAAGUCAGAGGAAUGCCCCUUGAUGGGUUUAGAAUGCCCUUGGUGAGGCAGAGAGCAAGAGACACCUCUGCACAUGUGGGCACCAUUUCUUAAGGUCUCUCUUGAAUUCAGUGUUUAUAUUUUCUUUAUCUUCUCCAGAUAAAAAGAUUGCUUGAUAGUAGGGAGGGUUCAGAAGGGAAUCCUCAGAUCAGUCGUCUCAUAAAGUGAGGAUGUUUCUCUGUGUGCUCAGAGUGGAAAGGGGGCAAGAUGAACAGGAGGACUUGGGUGGUGUCUCUGGUUCACAAAUAUUUCCUAUAUUUCCCUAAUGUAGGGCUAUAAUUAGGGGCCAACAGUCCUUCCUGGAUAGGUUCUAACCAGUAGGGUAUUGGUUGGAUUUCCAGGGUACAGAAGUUUCAUCUAGUUGAGAGGCCCACGGCACUCCAGUGAGUGGCCUCCUGGUCUUGUGGGAUGCCGUGUUCACUGUCCGACUCCCGUAGCUGGCGCUUGCAUAGGUGUGUAACAUCUGAUCCCUACGUUAUGUAUAGUGGUCACCCAAUAAAUGUUGCAGGAGUAAAUUAAUUGGAUUUCUCACGUGAUUUGUGCAAAGACCCUUGGAGAGAAGAGUUAGCAGUAUCAUCUCUGUAAGAGAAAGCAUCCUAAUAUAUCAAGAGUCGUACUGCCAGUAUAUGGGUAUUGUGUUCUAAUACUCGAAGUGAUAUGCUUUCAGCAAACCCAGAUUCUCUGAUUCAGGGGCUCCAAAGGAUUUUGUAAGUCAUAUACAGUAUUCCACAAGCAUCCUGGCAAGUUCUUCUGUAACUAUAUUAGCAAGCCUAGUAUCUAAUAUUUGUAAAAGUGCCUCCUGGACUUCUAAAGUGUCCUUCCAAAAGGGUCCUGGACUUCUGCCUCUUCCUAGAAGGAUUCCCUACCUCCCUACCACCUGUUACACAACCUUAUAUGUGUCCAGGGCUCCCAGGUUCCCUCCUACCUCCCUUAUUCUAACCCACAUGUAGCUCAGCUCAUUGCCCUUUGAUCCCCCCCGUGGUUGGAACUCUCCACUCAGCCAUCUUCCCCCGUGACUGAAACUUGGGUCUCCCUUCUGCGCAGUCCCUCCUCUUACGAUCCUUGCAGGGUGUGGCUGCUUCCUCUCCCUCCCUCCUCUCUAAACCACGUCUGACUGUCACGUCACUCCUGCUUCCCUUUGCUGCGGCCACCUGAUGAACGGUCUGCUUGUCCAUAAAAAUUUCAGCUCUUGCUGUAUUGCAUCUAAAUCCACCCCCAUCAUAAUACUUCCUGAUUUCAUCGUCCAUAUAGAUGCUCUUCUCGUGUCCUGAUCUCACAGUUCCUUGACCUCUUUGCUCACAAUUUUGUCACCCACUUUGCAACAGUCAGGCACUUCCAUAACUAGUGACUGGAACCUCCCCACCAUCGGUUUCAAGUGUCUUUUCCUAAGCUAGCUGCCCUUUUAGUACCAAGAUUCCAACCAUCCCUUGACCAAACCUUCCCUCACGCUCGUUCCCAGCAGAUGACUUUGCUUCCAGUUUCCCUGAGCGAAUAGAAGCCAUCAGCAGAGGCCUUUCAUGACACCUCUCUGCCUUCUCUACCCCCCUUCCAUGAUAUCUGUGCCUUCCCACCAGUGCCGGGUGGCUGCCAGAGCCUGUCCCGUGUCUACUCCUCCAAGACAGUGCUACGGCAAGUUUCCUUACCUCUCUUUUUUUCUUGGAAAAUAAAUUUUUAUUAGUUACUUAUUUUAUACAUAUUAGUGUAUAUAUGUCGACCCCAAUCUCCCAAUUCAUCCCACCCUCCCUGCCACCCACCCCGUAUCCCUGUGUUUGCUGUCUACAUCUUUGUCUCCAUUUCUGCUUUGCAAACCAGGUCAUGUGUACUGUUUUUCUAGAUUCCACAUGUAUGCGUUAAUAUAUGAUAUUUGUUUUUCUCUUUCUGACUUCACUCUGUAUAACAGUCUCUAGGUUCAUCCAUGUAAGUUUCCCUUAUCUCUUGUAUCACCAGGUUUUCUAUACAUACUGAAUUAUCCCCAUCGACAUGCAAACAUACUUAAAAAAACAACAAAAAAACCCUCUAGCUCCUGUAUCAUUCUCUGCUUCAUUUCUGAAAGCAAAACAUCUCAAAAAUUGUCUGUUGUUGCUGUCUUCACUUCCUUUUCUUUCUUUCUUUCUUUCUCUUUCUUUCUUUCUUUCUCUUUCUCUCUCUCUUUCU